ACUUCCCCAUCAACGCAUCAUUCACGCGCAUGUCAGACUAGCAGAAUAUAUAUAGUCACCAGUAAUCUGGACUGCUCCGAGCAUGAUGUCGAAGCGCCCCAGAACUCUAGAAACUUUCUUCGCGCAGCCAUCGAAGCGUGCACGCGCAGUACCUGACGAUGCGGCGAGCAACAUGGAGCGGAACACUACAGCCAGUGCGGUCUCCAACCAUCCAAGCUACCCAUUUGCAGUGCCGCAUCUUCCGCCGGAGUUACAAGAACUCUUGAAUUUCGCUCCCUCUGCUGAAGGACAGAUCAUCAAUGAUCGACCCGACCUUGAUCUACUGUACUACCAGCCUUAUGUCCCGAAGGAGGCAUCGCGUGAUCUUUCCGAGUUUCUGCGGCGCGAGCUGUUCUUCUACCGUGUUGGAUACAAGAUCAAGCGAGGCUCCAUCGAGACCGACAUUGAUACGCCGCGCUUUACAACAGUCUUCGGGAUUGAUGAAACUGCCCGAUUCGACGCCGACGGUCGCCCUGUAGAUGCAACAACCGGCAAGGCGACAUCAAAUACCUACAAGUGCAAACCUAGGCCUAUGCCGCAGUGCCUAGACGCCCUUCGUCAAUUGACAGAAAACAGCACGGGCUGUACAUUCAACUUUGCGCUGGUCAAUUAUUACGCCUCUGGCAACGACAGCAUAAGCUACCACUCUGACGAUGAGCGGUUCUUGGGUACCGAGCCAGCAAUAGCUUCGUUCACACUUGGCGCAAAGCGUGAUUUUCUGAUGAAGCAUAAGCCCACUCCGGCAAAUGAUGCCUCGGAAACGAAGCCUAUGAAGCUGCCACUCGCGUCUGGCGAUAUGGUACUGAUGAGAGGACUGACGCAAAGCAGAUGGCUACAUUCCAUUCCAAAGCGGAAAGGUGGCGAGGCCGACAAGGGACGCAUCAACAUCACCUUUAGGCGGGCGAUGGUCAAAGGAGGAACCGAGAACUAUUACCACUAUAAUGUUGGCAACGGCGAGGUUUACAAGUGGGAUGAUUCGAAACGCGAAAUGGUGCAGUGGCGUAAUCCCUUGAGCAAUUAGGAUACAAACAUGCUUUGGGUGGCCUUUGUUAUGCGGCUGAGCCGGAGACAGCUUGGCCUCUCCGCCGUUGUGCCGACGGUAUGCAGCAUUCUCCAGCAAGUCGCUAGCUUCGAUGACCCUAUUCCAUCAUCAUAGUUCAAUGCCUAAGCAACUUUCUCAAGCAAAUGCUUCAACUUGUCAACACGACCGGCAGAAGACCUUGUGCGGCCUCUUCUUCCUGUACCUUUCUGAUUGCCCAUCUCGCCAGCCGCCGGUGUCUGGGCAGGUGCGCCGUCCAGAAAGCCAUUAUUGCCAUUGAACGGAUGUUCCGCAUUACUUGAGGCCUCCAUACGGCUUCCUCUGAAGCUGCUUCCAC